GGAUGGUUGAUUCAUAUGGUGCUACCAACAAAGGGAUGUUGAAUCCUCGUUUGGUAGAUGCUAUGCAAAGAAAAAGGAAACAAGAUGUUCAGAGUAAAGUUUCUGUUGAGAAAAGAAGAGCGCUGUUUCAUGAUGCUAUGCAAAGACAAAGGAAACAAGAAGCACAAACUAGUGUUUCCGUGGAGAAAAGGAGAGAGUUGUCUCAUGAUGCCACACAAAGACAAAGGAAACAAGGUGUACAGGCUAGUGAUUUUGUUAAGAAAAGGAGAGAGUUGUCUCCUCCUCCUAUUGUUACUGAAUCGGAAUUUUAUGAAAAAAGAUGUUGAAUCCUCGUUUGGUUGAUUCUAUGCAAAGAAGCAAACUAGCUGUAAACAGUAGUUCUUCUGCUGAGAAAAGUAGAGAGUUUACUCCUGCUCAUUUUUUAACUGAAACAGUUCGGCCUGCUGAAGCUCAAAUUGGUCAGCAGCUGCACGUUGAUGCAGAACACUCUGAGCGUGUCAAAGAAGUGCUUGUGGUUUCCGGUCGAAUGAAUUCUGAGCAAAAUACUGAGCCUGUUGUUCAACAAGCUCAAUCAACGGAGUCUCUAGGUUCGGGCAAAGCCAGCAGUUCCCAAGGACCAGGAUUUGACCUGCAAGAACAUAUUAUAAAUACAUUUGGUCCGGACGUGUCUGUGGUCAAUAACAAGAAUGUCAGUGAUAUUUUGGCACGCUCUUGUGUGCUCGAUUCGGACAAGAAAAUUUUUGAUAAACUUGAGGCUGUUGACUUGGAAAGAACUGUGCAGAAUCUCGCAUUUCAGGUCAAAUUAUCUUCCUCUUCUGAGCCUUUUUUUUGUAGUUGUUGUAACUUAAAUUUCUUGCAGAUGAUAGCUGCUAGUGCGUUGCUGAGACAGAACAACGAGGCACUAAUUCUUCCACUCAAGCUUGUGCCAGGGAGUUGGAGAAAGUUAAGAAAGAGAAGGAGGUAGCUUCUGGAAGGUUCUCAGAGAGGGAGAAAAACUGGAGAAGAAAAUUGGAGGUGCUGAACAUAAUAUCCAGAAUCUCACUAAGACAGUUAAUACCCUUCAGAAAGAUAAAGAAUUUUUUUUCUUGCAAGGCUUCUCAGUUGGAGAAAGAAAAUGAAAGAAUCCCUUUGCUGGAACAAGAAAUUGAUGUUUUGCAAGUCCGGCUGGCUGAAGCUGAUGCUGCUGCCCGAGAAUGGGAGAAGAAAGAGAGUGAAGCUUGGGAUCAGAUGGGAGAGAACUGCAACCAACUUCAAAAUGUCAUAACCUCAGAGCUUCAGAAGCGAUUUCCUAAUAUUGAUUUCUCUUUUAUUGGAAAAUUUUUGCCAGGAGAAGUUUCCGACGGUGAUGAUUUUUGAAUGUAAUUUGCAAGACAACUAAUUUACUUCUAGUCUGUAGUACCAAUACUUCCAAGGACAGGGAUCAAAAAGCUGCAAUGCUGGUUACAAGAACGCUGAUCUACAGGAAUUGUCGAAGGGGAUUCUCUCUCUAAUUUUUUUGUUUUUUUGUUAAAUGAACCAUUUCUAAUAUCCAUUCAUAUUUCCAAAACGCUUAGGUGUACAAUGUACUUUUGUUUUUCUUACGAGGCAAACUUGUCCCUACGAAGUGCAAACCUCAUCAAACUUCUACCAAUCUGCUUGAGAUUCCAUUCCUGGGUCAAUUUGCAUAUGAUGAUUCUCGAGCAUUGAUGUAUUAUACUUAUCCAACUAAUUUGCUGCAUGUAAUAGAAUUUUGAGGAUUGUAUAUUCUGGGGCCUGAGCUUAAUUAUUCUUCCAAUAAGCUGUGCUGUUAGGAAGUCUUGCAUAGAGUCAUGCCUAUCAGAUGGCUUAGUUGGGAUCAGCCCAUGUUUGGACAAGAGGGAAAUCCAGCUUCCAAUGCGAGACUUCCUAACAGAACGUGACCUUGAAAACAAUACGAUAUGGCUUUGGCAUAUCAUAAAUGCCCCAUCCACCUUCUACUUUCAGAACGUAAUUCUCUUCGAGAGCCAGCUCGAAGUCCCAGUUAAUCCAUGUAUGAAAUCUAAUGCGUGAGACAU